AUGUCUUUAGAUGUUAAAGAGAAGACACAAGUGCGCCUGGUGUUCUUGGGCGCUGCUGGCGUGGGGAAGACGGCACUGAUUCACCGGUUCCUGCGGGACACCUUUGAAACCAAACAUCGGCGUACGGUGGAGGAGCUCCACAGCAAGGAGUACGAGGUCGCUGGCAUUAAGGUAACGGUGGAAAUCAUGGACACCAGCGGCAGUUACUCUUUCCCCGCCAUGCGUAAGCUCUGCAUCCAAAGCAGCGAUGCCUUCGCCCUGGUCUACGCCAUUGACGACCCAGAAUCCUUUGAGACGGUCAAGCGCCUGAGAGAGGAGAUUCUAGAGGUCAAAGAGGACAAGCUCACACCCAUCGUGGUGGUGGGUAACAAGAUGGACCUGGAGGAUGAGAGGCAGAUACUGGCAGAUGACGUGCUCUCCACCGUAGAGCUGGACUGGAACAACUCAUUCAUCGAGACCUCAGCCAAGGAGAACAACAGCGUGGUGGAGGUGUUCAGAGAGCUCCUGCAGCAGACCAACCUGCCCAGUCGCCUCAGCCCGGCGUUAAGGCGACGCCGGGAAACCUUCCCCAAAGACACAAACAUCCGACCACCUAUGAACAAGACCAACAGCUGCACCGUGUCUUAG